AGCUGCCUCCCCCACAGGAAGCACCAGCGGGGAUCUGCAGCGGUGGCCACCCUGUGCUCUGCACCCGCGGCAGGAUGGAGGCCCGCCAGUGCACGCUGCUAGCGCUGGCCCUCGGGGCCCUGUGUGCAGUAGGCAGCACAUUUGGGGCCCAAAUCAUCGGAGGUAAGGAGGCUGCCCCCCACUCCCGCCCAUACAUGGCCUCACUGCAGAAAAAUGGCUCCCACAGGUGUGGGGGGGUCCUCGUGCACCCACAGUGGGUGUUGACAGCUGCCCACUGCCUGAGCACAAGGCCACAGCUGCUGAGGCUGAGGCUGGUGCUGGGGCUGCACACCUUGGGCCAACCCAGCCUCGCAUUCCGCAUCCGGGCGGCCGUGCAGCACCCCAACUACAGGCCUGCGCCAGCCCUGAAGAACGACCUCCUGCUGCUUCAGCUGGAGGGGAAAGUGAAGCCCAGCAAGACCAUCCAGCCCCUGCACUUGCCCAGAAGUCACCAGGUGGUGGCAGCAGGAGCUCGGUGCAGCGUGGCCGGCUGGGGGGUGACCCACCAGGGUGGGCAGCUGGCCCGGGCACUGCAGGAGCUGGAUGUCCAAGUGCUAGACUCCCGGAUGUGCAACAACAGUCGCUUCUGGCAGGGUACCCUCACCCCCUACAUGGUCUGCCUGGCUGCUGACAAGAACAAAGCCCCCUGCAAGGGUGACUCCGGCGGGCCCCUGGUGUGCGGCAAAGGCUGGCUGGCUGGAAUCCUGUCCUUCAGCUCCAAGGUCUGCACCGAUGUCUUCAAGCCCACCGUGGCCACCACUGUGGCGCCCUAUGUGUCCUGGAUCAAGAAGGUCAUCCGCCACUGGCAGUCUCCACCUCCAGCCCAAUGAGCCACCGGGUGCCUGGGACCUGCCCCCCAACACAGCUGGGCAGAACCUGCCCUCCAGGGCUCCAGGGAGGGUCAGGGCAGGGAGCAGGAGGGGACUGGGCAUGUCUUGGAGGACCAAUAAAUCCUGAUGGAGAAACCCUCUGA